UCCGCCAUAGUGUUCACAAUCUGCAGAUCAUGCCGGGAGUAACGAAAACCAAAACGCCUGAAAAAACCGUGAAUGGUGUCACAGAGGAGCCAAAGAAAGAUCCUGAUGUCUUGACAUUAGAAGAUAUCAGAGAACAUGUUCGACACAUUGAGAAGUCGGUCUCUACCAAGGAGCCUCGUUAUGUAUCGCGGGUCAUGCGAGGUCUGGUGGGCAUUCGGCGACGACUCAAUCCUACGGUGAUGAGGAAGCUGUUAAAUGGUUACAUGAUCAACCAGGUGGCUCAGAAGGAAGAGCUUAUCAAAUUCCUUGAUGAGCCAAUGGAAUCAGAUGGACCAGAUACACCAUUCAGACCCAAGUCAGGCAAAGCCGCCAGUGUUGCAUUAAUACCAGAAGUAGAAACCUAUCUUCAUCUCCUUAUACUGAUUCAUCUGAUUGACCUACAGAAAUAUGGCAUGGCUGUGACAUGUGCAGAGCUGUUGAUGUCAAAGAUUAUAGUGCAGAACAGACGAAGUCUCAACAUGCUAGCAGCUAAAUGCUACUUCUAUUAUUCCCGAGCUUACGAGCUUACAAAUCAGUUGGAGAAAAUCAGAUCUUUUCUCCAUGCCCGACUGCGGACUGCCACACUGAGGUCAGACUAUGAGGGACAAGCCUCCCUCCUUAACCUCCUCCUGAGGAACUACCUCCAGUUCAACCUCAUAGAGCAGGCUGACAAGCUGGUAUCUAAAUCCACCUUCCCAGAGAGUGCUUCUAACAACGAGUGGGCCCGGCAUCUGUACUAUCUAGGAAGAAUAAAGUCUGCUCAACUUGAAUAUUCAGAGGCUCAUAAAUACUUGCUACAGGCCUUAAGAAAAGCUCCUCAACACAGUGCCGUGGGCUUCAAACAAACAGUACAGAGACUGGCAAUCACGGUGGAGCUGUUGUUAGGAGAUAUUCCAGACAGACAUGUUUUCAGACAUAAGUCUAUGAGGAAGACACUUGCUCCAUACUUCCAACUUACUCAAGCUGUGAGAACAGGGAACUUGGCCAAGUUUAACGAGACGUUACACAAAUUUGGCUCCAAGUUCCAGUCUGAGGAUACCUACACGCUGAUCAUCCGUCUACGUCAUAAUGUCAUCAAAACCGGCGUGAGGAUGAUCAACCAAUCCUACUCCAAAAUCUCACUGAUGGACAUCGCACAGAAACUGAUGCUGGAUAGCCCUGAGGAUGCAGAGUACAUUGUAGCUAAGGCUAUCCGUGAUGGAGUGAUUGAGGCUACCAUUGACCAUGAACAGGGCUAUGUCCAGUCCAAGGAGACAAGUGACAUCUACACAACAAGGGAACCUAUGGCAGCAUUUCAUCAGCGCAUCAGCUUCUGCCUAGAUAUACAUAACUCUUCAGUAAAGGCUAUGAGAUUUCCACCAAAGUCAUAUAACAAAGAUUUAGAAUCUGCAGAGGAGAGAAGAGAACGUGAACAACAAGAACUAGAAAGUGCCAAGGAGAUCGCAGAUGAGGACUUUGACGGUUUCCCAUAGAUUUUGGAUAGAAUUGUAUAAUAGAAUCUUGUCAUGCUUUGUUAGGUCUCACAGUGUUUUGUUGUAUCAUAUGACUGAAAACUGAAAUUGUAAACUAGUAGAAAGUGUUAAAGGUAAACUGGCAAAGCCAUUAUUUGAUGAUUUUGCUUCAAUAAGAUCAUCUGUGUUGUAUACUUUGAACUGAAAUUUGGCAUUAUCUUGAUCCUGCAUCAGUCAUUAUGUUUCCUAAACAUACAAUAUUCAAUUGUCAGUAUGUCCAUUACCUUGUUUUGAAGUUUUGUAAUUAAACACAUGGUUUGGUGUUCUAAGCUAUUAUUAAUGCAUCUCAACUCGUUCACCCCUGCAGACACAUUUGCACUCUUCCGAUUCAAAGGUUGGAAUAGUCCAUCAUGGAAUUUCAAGGGUCAAUAAGUAAAUGCAGUUUGAAAAGAAUAUUUUCAAAUGAGAAUAUUGCAUGAAUUUUUUUCAACACAAAGUAAGUGUUGCACAGUUUUAAACUUUAAGGAGACUAGGAGCAACAGUUGUCAGUACAAUAUAGUGCUAUUUAUGUUACAUUGUGUGGUUACACAGCAUUGUCAUCUUUCAUUGUGAUAAUGUUCACAAGAUUUUAAAUAUAAGUUAAUUUAAAUGCUACAAAAAUUACUAAGAGAUAUUCAUUUUAGAGAAUACAGAGAUAGUUACAUACCAUUCAGAUCUGCAUUCAGCAUCACACUUUUAUUACAGUGUUGCUGUAAAAAAACACACUUAAUUUUCAUAAUUUCUAUUGAGUAAUCUGUAGUUAAAUUAGACAAAAACAAGCGAUCUUAUCCACAAGAUACUAUUAAAAGUAUUCAAUUAGCUUUACAGUUUUGUCUUGAUCUGAAAAUGAAAUUCAGAUUAAGAAAAUAAUUGAGUAUGAAUUAAUUCAGGGAUGACCAGUGUUGUUGGGUAUUGCUGUUACAAAGUGAAGUUCAAACUGCUGUGUCAGUGUUUUUAAAACACCAGUUCUAAUUUCUUUUUCAAAAACAUUGAUAACCAAUAGAAAUCUUUCUUUCAUGGCUCUGUAUCUUAUCACAAAGUUAGGAGGGUUUUUCUGCAAAGAAGUUAAAAACUGAUAUGUCACUCUAGCUUUAAUCCGCAAGAUGAAUAUAAAAUAAUCUCACUUUAAACAUCUGUGAUGUACUGUAAAUAAAUAAAGAAGAACCGGUCUGUUAUCAGUGUUGUGAAUUAGUGCAGUAAGAAUAAACAUUGACAGACUUGUUGUAUUCUGAUAAUAUGGUUUAUGUCAUUAUUGACAAAUUGUUGUUCUUAGAUGGGUGGAAAUGAAUGUCUUUGUGUUCUUUGUAAGGUUUCCCAGAGGUUUCCAAGAACUGUAAACAAACAAUAGUACAUAAAUUUAUAAUAAAAAUGUUCAAAAUAUU